GAGCUCUGACUGUAAAGCUGACUAGAUUUCAGGUCGGUACUUUUUUUUGAAAACCUGGAAUUGCACAGGGACAGGUGCAGGUUACCAUGACCUCCCUUCAUUAAAGAAACGAACAUCACCCUGCCUAGAUGGAGUUUCUCGUCAGUACACCUACCACCAUGGUGCAAGACAUCUAGUUAUUUUUUUUUUGGACGAGAAAGACAAAGUCUGCGGGUGACUUUUGCCUUUUUUUGUGUGUGUGGUACAGUACAUUUUUUUCUGUUCUCUGUUCCUUUGCAGGCAUUUGUGCAGCGCUGUGCUGUUAUAACCAAAGCUUUGCCUGGGACUGUAAUUUUCUUGACGGAGUUUCUUUAACUGGACUGUCGGCACUCAUGAAUUCGGAUAUUAAUAUAUACCUCGCCAGGGACAAAUCCUCUAGCAUCAUGAGGAAGAGAGCGGUCCUGCUGAGGAAAGGGUGCAGUUUUGAGAUAACGAGCUCUGCCUCUGAAGAUCUGGGCUGCAGGCGGGGGGAAUUCAGCAGAAAACACUAUGGGUCUGUGGAGCUGCUGAUUUCCAGUGACGCAGAUGGAGCUAUACAAAGAGCUGGGAGAUUCCGUGUGGAAAAUGGAUCUUCUGAUGAGAACACAGACUAUACUCCUGGCACCUGGCGGAGAACUGAUGUACACUUGGAGAAUCCAGAAUACCACACCAGAUGGUAUUUCAAAUAUUUCCUGGGAAAAGUGCAUCAGAACUAUGUUGGCACAGAUGCAGACAAGAAUCCUUUCUACUUGUCUGUAGUUCUCUCGGACCAGAACAACCAGAGAGUCCCACAGUACCGUGCCAUUCUGUGGAGGAAGGCGGGAACCCUGAAGAUAUGUCUUCCUUACAGCCCAACAAAAACACUAUCGGUGAAGUCUAUUUUAAGUGCCAUGAACCUUGACAGAUUUGAAAAGGGCCCCAGAGAAAUUCUCAACCCAGAAAUCCAGAAGGACCUUCUGGUUUUAGAAGAGCAAGAGGGAUCGGUAAACUUUAAAUUUGGUGUUCUGUAUGCCAAAGACGGACAGCUCACUGACGAUGAAAUGUUUAGCAAUGAAAGUGGAAGUGAAAGCUUUGAGAAGUUUUUAAACCUCCUUGGGGACACAAUCACGUUGCGAGGCUGGGCAGGCUACAGAGGAGGGCUGGACACGAAAAAUGACACUACUGGAAUUAACUCUAUAUACACAGUGUACCAAGGACAUGAGCUCAUGUUCCAUGUGUCCACAAUGCUGCCAUAUUCUAAAGAAAACAAGCAACAGGUUGAGAGAAAGCGACACAUUGGAAAUGACAUUGUCACGAUAGUGUUCCAAGAAGGAGACGACAUGUCGCCAUCGUUUAAGCCGUCUAUGAUCCGAUCCCAUUUCACACAUAUUUUUGCCUUAGUUAGAUACAACAGCCAGAAUGACAGCUAUAGGUUGAAGAUAUUUUCAGAGGAAAGUGUUCCACUGUUUGGUCCUCCUCUUCCUUCUCCGCCAGUGUUUACAGAUCAUCAGGAAUUCAGGGACUUUUUGUUAGUGAAAUUAAUUAACGGUGAGAAAGCUACCCUGGAGACCCCAACAUUUGCUCAGAAACGUCAGCGGACCUUGGACAUGCUUAUCCGAUCUCUCUAUCAGGAUCUCAUUCCUGACUUACAUAAGAACAUGCUGAAUAGAAGAUCGUUCAGUGAUGUUCUGCCAGAAUCUCCCAAAUCUGCCAGGAAAAAAGAGGAGGCGCGACAAGCAGAGUUUGUCAGGAUAGGUCAGGCACUGAAGCUGAAGACAAUAGUGAGAGGUGAUGCUCCCACCAGCUUGGUUACUACAGGGUUAUGUAGGAAAGAACCUUGGGAAUCCCAGUCAUUCUGCAGUAACUUUUCCUAUGAAAUAGUCUGCAGUGACUCCUGGGGUCAGUCCUUACUAAUCGCUACAGAUGCUGGAGUAGUACUACUAGAUGCUCCAGAUCCCUGUAAUUUAAGCAUGGAUUCACAACCUUCACCCGUUCAGGUCUUUGACAAGACAAUGCUUGUGAAGCAAAUGCACGUCCUUGAAGCUCAGGAUCUUUUAAUCACCAGGACCGACAAAGGAAAAGAUGCCCGUCUUUUCGUCUUUAGGCUGGGUGCCAUUAAGAAAGGUCUGGAGGACAGGCAAGUCCGAAGCAAGUAUGACAGCAGAGAAAACAAACUUGAGAAAACAAAAGGCUGCCAUUUGUAUUCCAUUAACACUCACCACAGCUCUGAGCUGCGGAUUGUAGCGGCCAUUCGGAACAAACUGCUCCUCAUUACCAGAAAGCAUCACCGACCGGACAGCCUAACCAACAUCUCCAUGGUAACAGCACCCACCGAGUCGCCCGUCGAAGAGUUCCAGUACAUCAGGGAGAUCUGCCUGUGUGAUCCCCCUGUGGUGAUGGCUCUUGUGGAUGGGCCUACGGGGGAAUAUGACAACAUGAUCUGCGUGGCCUACAAGCAUCAGUUCGACUUGAUAAACGAGAGCACGGGUGAAGCGUACAGGCUGCAUCACGUGGAUGCCAACAGGGUCAAUUUUGUUGCAGCAAUAGACGUGUACGAAGAUGGGGAAGCUGGGCUUUUGCUGUGCUACAACUACAUCUGUUACUACAAGAAGGUUUGCCCAUUCAAUGGAGCUACUCCAAUGAUUCAGUCCUCAGCUUCUGAUUUCCACUUCAGCUGGAAUCAGGUUCCCAAUUCAAUCGUAUGUGCUUUCCCCUAUAUCUUGGCAUUUACUACCGACUCCAUCGAGAUCCGUUUAGUGGUGAAUGGAAAUCUAGUCCACACUGCUGUGGUCCCCGAACUCCAGCUUGCAGCAUCUAGGUCGGAUAUUUACUUUGUGUCCUCUGCUGCAGUGAAUGCAGCCUCCAACAGCAGCUCCAAAGACACCAGCUCCCACAGUUCCCCCCAAACACCGACGGGCUACGAAAUGCCCACUUUCCCAUCACCGUUAGGGGACGAUUCUAUUAGGAUCCCAUAUGGAACAAAGCUAUCCCUGUAUAUGUCAAAAGAAGCCGAAGGUGAAGUGCAGCUGAAACACAUCUACAAGAUCCCCCUGAGUAACCUUGUAGGCCGCAGCAUUGAACGUCCACUAAAGUCCCCACUGGUCAACAAAGUAGUCACUACUCCCACCUCGGGCAUCGUGUCUUCUUCUAUAGUUCCUGUGACACACUCCCUGUCCCUGUCACGCAUGGAAAUCAAAGAGAUUGCCAGCAGGACUCGCAAGGAACUACUGGGUCUUACUGAUGAACCAAGUAAUAAGUCAGAAGGCCCGCAGAAACAAAGAAGGAUGUCCCGCAAACCACCAGAGGAGGAGACAAAACAAGGAGCUGUGAGAUCAACGAGCACUGACAAGAUAGUUUCAGAAUCUUUCGACACGGACUCUGAAAGUCAACGGCACUGCUCCACUAGCUCGGACACAGACGUUGUCGGAGUUCGAGAGGAGAGCCCCCCACUGACCAGCCCCUUCACCCUCGCCACUUCCUUUGAAGAUGUAGUCGACUUGAAGUGAAGACAAUCUGGAACCCAUCUUUGUAUGCCUCUCAUUCUCUUCAAUUUCUACACACACGAUAGGAAUGUCACGAUGUGUUAUUGCUUUGUUGUGAGUUUGUCUCUUUCACGGAAAGCUGCUGUGUUUGGGGAAAGUAAAAUCCUUCAGGAAUGAACAGUGAACAUCAUCAGGCUAUCCAGACAACAUUAACAUUUCUCUCGUUUCACUUAACAGUUCGUGUGUCUGUCAAAGUCAAAUUUUUUAACACUCUACAGGCAGAUACAACAGUGUCAGCUAUUUUUUCACUACUCUUUUUAGGUAUGAAAUUAAAUUCCAGAAAAGAACAGUAGAUUGCAGUGUAUCUUAGUGUCACUGCUCACAUCACUCAAUUUUACCAAUUCGUUCGUUGUUUUAGAAACUACAAUUCAAAACUAGACAUCCUCAUACACUAUUAAUGGUGAUUCACCAAGCUUGAUCACAGAUGCAAAAUCUUAAAUGAUCAUGUGACGUCUAGAAUCCACUAAAAUAAACAGCUGUUGUUGCCUUUUUUUUCUUGAAACACUCCUUAGUAAAUGCCUGGAAGAAAAGUGUAUAACAUCUAAGGUGACGUCAUAUUUUGUGUAGUUGGGUUGCCAUUUUUCAUAACGAAAUGGCUAUCUAUAAAUAAUGAACAUUUGAGCAUGGGUACAGAAAGCAUUGCUUUCAUUUUUUAUAGUUUUUAUUCACAAAUAAGCGAGCAUGAACAUACAUAUGGUGCACAGUUCCUCCUUUGUCUUGCACGGUCGCAUCUGUGUGGUAACGCAGUGUGUACAAAGAAAAAUCCUCAGUUUUCCUACUUUGACUCAGGAUUAAGCUUUGGAAUGUGCCUCAAACUGGUUUUGGUUGGGACCCAACCAAGGAUGCAAGCUGAACUCACAGGUUAAGCAUUAAAUUGAAAACAGGUGGAGAUGUAAGAAACAAACCAAAAAAAAAACAACAAAGGAUUGGGAUGUCAUUCAGUACAAAAACAGCCAAACCUUAAAAGUGCUUAAUAUCAAAUGCAAACUAUCCAAAUUAAGAAACUAAUACAUCAUUAGAAGAAGAUUAGAACUUAAACUCCCAAGAACUUUUAAAAUAUCUGAACAGUGAUUAUAUCGGGAGCUGGACUAACACAGUGACCGCAAUAAAAGAUAAUCUGCAUCGUUUUUUUUUUUAAAAAGGUGAAAAUAAAAACGAGAAAGGGACUAAAUUCUUCUUCUUAAAACAGGCUGUUAACUAAACUAAUUCAAGGAAGAGAAGAAACUGUAAUUUAGGAGGACAUAUUAGGAGGCCUGAAUGUACCUUUUUACCGCCGUAGUGAUGUCUAAAGUUAAACUCCAGCUUCAAGAUGCCAUAAACAUUAUUGUGGCAUUCCUACAGUGUUGCUACUCUCCCUGUACAGUGCAUGUCUGCCCUGUCUUUUCUCUCCUCUUGCACUUGGAAAGACCAACCACCUCUGUUUACCUGUUUAAAUGUGAACUCUUGAACACUAUUAUGAGCCUUGAGAAAUAAAGAAAAAAAUGGGACUAUUUUUGCAAAUUUAUUUACUUAUUUAUUAUUAUUAAGUAUUGGUGAAUGAGAGAUAUUUGUUGGUUGAGGUUUGUACUAUAUUAGUUUUAAUGUUUUUUUUUAGUAUUUCAUGACCCCUAGACUUUUAGCAGUGGUUUUGUAUCUAACUGAAUAUGUACUGUUUAGACUGUUGCUAAACCUCUGUCAUAUUAAAGAAAACAAAAAAAAAACACCAAGUGUCUUAAAAUAUAUUGUAUUGCCAUUGUUUUUAAUGCCAAGUACGAAUUGUAAAUGUUUUGUGUUGAAAAUGUGGCCUCUCAAGAAACUGAACUCUUAAUAUUAUUUCUAUUAUUUGAACUAUUUUAAGUGCUGUAGACCACUGCUGUGAAGGUAGUUAAUUUUGUUCAUUGAUAUGAAAUAAAUAUUUAUGAAAUUUGUU